AUGGGAAAACCGCCAUUAACACGCCUCAAGUCUCCGCCGGCGAUAUCGGAGUUGUUCUCUAAACUGACGCUUGCGCAAACGAACGACACAUUUUGCGAAGUGGGCAGUUCAUUCCAACUUCCCGGAGCCGAAUUCCCUAAGUCUGUUAUCUCAUUUGCCAUCAAGCCUGCGCGGGAAGGAGAUGACGAGAAACUGAGUUCGACCCUCUCCCGGAUGAUGGAAGAAGACCCAUCAUUCCAGAUUGAACGGAAUGGCACAACGAAACAGUUGCUGGUCUCCGGGCUUGGCGAGAUACAUCUCACCGUCAUACGCAACCGAAUGCGCGACAAGUUUGGCAUCGAAACUGAGGUCGAAAUGCCAAAAGUCUCCUAUCAGGAGACUAUCCGUGGCAGGGCGAGUGGUAUCCAAGGUCGGUAUAAACGUCAAUCUGGUGGACGCGGGCAGUUUGGUGAGGUUUGGAUAAAUCUUUCCCCGCUCGAACGCAGUGCCGGCUUUGAGUUUGUCAACAAGGUUGUGGGCGGUUCGAUCCCGCGUAAUUAUAUCCCCGCGGUUGAAAAAGGCAUCCGUGAGUCAAUGGCUCAAGGUUUGAUUGCCGGGUAUCCCUUCGUUGACGCUCAAGUGGAGCUUUACGAUGGUAAGCAUCACCCCGUUGAUUCCUCUGAUAUGGCUUUUCAGAUUGCCGGUUCUUUUGCGUUUCGAGAGGCGGUAAACGAAUCUAGGCCCGUGCUGCUUGAGCCGAUCAUGAAUGUCACAAUUUCCGUUCCUGAACAGUUCAUGGGGGAUAUUAUCGGCGACCUCAAUAGCAAACGUGGCAGAAUCAUGGGGGUUGAGCAGGCAGGCAAACGUCAGGUGAUCCAAGCGACCGUGCCCUUGGCAGAGAUGUUCCGAUAUUCGAUAGACCUUAAAUCGAUCACGAGUGCGCGGGGCAGUUUCACGAUGGAGUUCGCACGUUACGAGGAAAUGCCUGAUGAACUCGCCCAAAAAGUGAUUGCUGAAGCAAAAUCGGAAGCGGAAGAGUAA